UGCUUUGUGGAGUAGAUGUCCUCUUCGCCCUCUGUUGUCCUUAAUACAGGACUUCACAUGCCCCUCCUGGGUUUGGGAACCUACAAGUUGCGUGGCCCUGAAGAAGUGUAUGCGGCGGUGGAUGCAGCCUUGGCUGCAGGAUACCGCGCCUUUGACAGUGCAGCUGUCUACCGGAAUGAAGCCAACUUGGGAAAAGCCCUGAGGGACCUACUACCUAAAUACAACUUGACUAGAGAUGAUGUAUUCAUAACCAGUAAACUGGGCCCUAAGGACCAGGGGGAGAGGGCCACUGAAGGGGCCCUCCACAGUCUGUCGCAGCUGGACUUGGGUUACAUAGACCUGUACCUGAUCCACUGGCCUGGAACUCAAGGACUGCCAGUGGCUGACCAACGCAAUCCAGGCAACCGAGCACAGAGUUGGGCCGGACUGGAGGAGUUGCAUGGGCAGGGAAAGCUGAGGGCCAUAGGUGUGUCCAACUACACGCCAGCGCACAUGAAAGAACUAAUGCAGAGCUGCAGAGUCCCUCCAGCAGUUCUACAGGUGGAGUUUCACCCUCAGCUAUGCCAAGCAGAACUGAGAGGUGUUUGUGAGGAGUAUGGAGUCUGCUUCCAGGCCUACUCCUCCUUGGGGAAAGGGGAGCUGGUCACUGACCCAGUGGUGGUUGAGGUGGCCGAGAACUGCACGCGCACACCUGCACAGGUUCUGUUGCGCUGGGCGGUGCAGCAGGGUGUCCCGGUCCUGCCAAAGUCUUCAAAUCCAGAGAGAAUCCAGGAGAAUGCAAGAGUCUUUGACUUCACAUUGAGUGACAAAGACAUGCACAGACUUUCAGCUUUGGACUGUGGCAACAAGUACUGCUGGGAUCCUUCUGAGGUGGCAUGA